AUGAAGAAUCUCAGUAGCAUCACGACGGAGUGCAAUCAUACCAGCUUCUACACAAACUGCUUUGCACUGAGCACCAUUGAAAUCGUCUGUACAACGAGCCAAUUCUUCAAAGUUUACAUCCUUGCUGAAAGAAAAAAUUCCACCAUUAACGUAUCAGAUUGCGCCUUACCGAUAGCAUCCAACUCGUCAAUGAAGAUAAUGGCUGGUGCCUUCUCCUUGGCAAGAGCGAAUGCAUCACGUACAAGUUUCGCUCCAUCUCCGAUGAACAUUUGUACAAGUUGUGGGCCCGCCAAUUUCAAGAACGUCGAUUUGGUUUGGGCGGCUACAGCACGAGCCAUCAUGGUUUUUCCGGUACCUUAA